AUGACUACAACUAAACCACAUCUCACCACCAAUGAUGCGGCAGUCCUCCAGGCUCUCUUCGACGCCGAGUCCUCGCCCUCAUCCGGGGUUGUGAUCGACCCUUCGCUCCCACCAUGGCCGUCAAGUGUAUCCAUCUCUGAGCAAGACUUGGCCUCGCUCAAAGAGCGGGAGGCAUCAAUAAUCCGCCAAAUAUCUGGUGAUAGCCCAACCCGAGAAAUAGUUGAAUCUGCGGUCGGCGAUUUCGACGCUCUCGUCGAGAAAUACCCGACCUAUCCAUCAGCAUACACCAACCGCGCACAAACACUGCGACUCCUAGCAGACGUACAAGACGAAAGCAAGACCAAAAACACAGACUCUAACUCAGACGACUCUCUCUUCACACCCCAAUCCACCCUCCUCGCCACCCGUAUCUUCAACGACCUCGGCCAAGCUAUCACCCUCGCCACACCACGCUCCCCCGCAGACCCAGUCUCAAACGCACAAGCACGAUUAUUAGCAGACGUACACACUCAUCGUGGGUACCUGCUACUAAAAGCGGCACGGUUGAAAAAGAACAUGAACGGAGAGAAAGAAGAAACCGGUGGGGGACCGGAGCGACUGCGCGGACUGGCCGCUGAUCAGCUCGAGGAGAUGGCGAGUCAGGAUUUCUUUCUUGGGGGACGGUAUGGGAAUAAGGUUGCACAACAGUUAGCUGUGCAGACGAAUCCGUAUGCGAAGAUGUGCGGCGCAAUCGUGAAGGAGGCGAUGAGAAAGGAGGUUGAGGGGUGA